GUGCCAAACCCCCUGUACAAGUGGGAGCUUUGUAAAGCAUGACUGAAGCAGACUAAAAGCGGUGCUAAAAGAAAUCUCCGUUAUGCUUUGAUUAGUAAAACUCACUCGCAUAUUUUCGUGUCGCUAUGUCUAACUUGUUUAAUUUUUUCAAAUGCGGCGCGCGGAAAGAUUUGACCGCAUGUCGUGUAGUUUCUCAUCUAUUUUUGAGGACUAUAACCUGCUCUUCAAGACGCUCAACCGCAGACAGUGAGACAUCUUCAGUUUUGGGAAAACGAUGGAAAGACACUGCCGACACUGUGAUCAUCGGUGGGGGCUGCGUAGGGGUCAGCCUGGCUUAUCACUUGGCCAAAAGUGGAAUGAAAGAUGUCGUGUUGUUGGAGAAAACUGAGCUGACAGCGGGUUCCACUUGGCAUGCUGCUGGGCUGACCACUUACUAUCACCCAGGUAUCAACCUAAAGAAAGUUCACUACGACAGCAUUAAACUGUAUGAGUCGUUGGAGGCUGAGACGGGCCAGGCUGUAGGUUUUCACAACCCUGGUAGUGUGCGUAUUGCUUCCACGCCUGCACGCGUUGAUGAGAUGAGGUAUCAGAUGACUCGGACCCACUGGCAUGUCACUGAACAGUAUUUCAUUGGGCCAGAGAAAGUGCAAGAGUUGUUUCCACUGCUGAACAUGGACAAAGUGUUGGCAGGACUGUAUACCCCAGGGGAUGGACACAUAGACCCAUACUCCCUCACCAUGGCACUGGCGGCUGGGGCUCGCAUGUAUGGUGCUCAGAUUUACAACCCUGCCCCUGUGACCGCACUGAAGUGUACUCCUGAUGGCAAAUGGGACGUUCACACUGAUCAUGGAACCAUUCGUGCAAACCGUAUUGUUAACACUGCAGGAUUUUGGGCCAGGGAGCUGGGUCAGAUGAUUGGGUUUGAUCACCCCACGAUCCCAGUGCAUCACCAGUACGUGGUUACAGCAACAGUGCCAGAGGUGAAGGCUCUGAAAAGGGAACUGGCUGUCAUCAGAGACUUGGAGGGUUCAUACUACCUGCGUCAGGAGAGGGAUGGCCUUUUAUUUGGUCCUUAUGAGAAGAUGGAGAAAAUGGUGCUGCAGGACUCUUGGGUGAGAGAAGGGGUGCCUCCAGGUUUUGGUAAAGAGCUAUUUGAAUCAGACCUUGACCGUAUUAUGGAACAUGUUGAGAUGGCUAUGGAGAUGGUACCAGUACUGAAGAAUGCAGAUAUUAUCAACAUUGUUUCUGGACCAAUCACAUACACGCCGGACCUCCUGCCUAUGGUCGGACCACACCAGGGGGUUCCUAACUACUGGACAGCCAUUGGAUUUGGGUAUGGAGUAAUUCAUGCAGGUGGGAUAGGGAAGUUCCUGAGUGACUGGAUUAGGAAUGGAGAACCACCUUAUGAUCUGAUUGAGUGUGACCCCAAUCGUUACGGCAAAUGGGCAGAUAUACCAUUCAUGUGUGCCAAAGCCAGAGAAUCAUACGGUUUCAACAACGUAGUGGGUUACCCCAAGGAGGAGCGAUUUGAAGGCAGACCAACGAAGCGAACAAGUGGUAUCUAUGAUCUCCUCAAAGACAAAUGCUCCAUGGGAUUUCACGCUGGAUGGGAACAGCCUCACUGGUAUUAUAAACCUGGAGAUGACACUGGAUACAAGCCCAGUUUCCGACGUACUAACUGGUUUGGACCAGUUGGCAGAGAAUGCAAGCUGGUGAUGGAGAAGGUCGGUGUAAUAGACCUGACACCUUUUGGAAAAUUUUGUGUGAAAGGAAAGGACUCCCACAAGCUCUUGGACCGUCUUUUUGCUAACACAAUGCCCAAGACUGGUCAUACUAAUAUCAGCCACAUGUUGACACCCACUGGGAAAGUCUUUGCAGAGGUCACCAUCACCCAGGUAGCACCAGGGGAGUUCUUGCUUAUCACAGGCUCUGGGUCAGAGCUACACGACCUCAGGUGGAUCGAAGCAGAGGUUGCAAAUGGUGGAUAUGACGUUGAGAUCACCAAUGUUACAGAUGAUAUUGGAGUCUUGGGUGUUGCAGGACCGAAUUCACGCACAGUUCUGCAAAAACUGACCACUGAGGACAUGAGUGACACUGGUUUUAAGUUUCUGCAGUGCAAGACUAUUGAUUUAGCAGGAGUUUCUGUCCAAGCUAUUAGAAUAUCCUACUCAGGUGAACUUGGCUGGGAGAUUUAUGUUGAUCAAAAGAACAUGGCAACUGUGUACCAAGCCAUUAUGGGAGCUGGAAAAGAUCAUGGCAUUGACAAUUUUGGCACAUAUGCUAUGAAUUCCCUGAGACUGGAGAAAGGCUUCAGGGGCUGGGGAGCUGAGAUGAAUUGUGACACCAACCCUUUGGAGGCUGGACUGGAUUAUUUUAUCAAACUGAAUAAGCCUACUGACUUUAUUGGCAAAGAUGCUCUGAAGGAGAUAAAAGCCAAGGGUCUGAAGAGAAAGCUGUCAUACAUCUGUGUUGAUACAGAUGACAUCGACCCCGAGGGGAAUGAGACCAUUUGGUUAAACGACAAGGUUGUUGGCAACACAACUUCUGGAGCCUACAGUUACAUUGCCCAGCAGAGUCUGGCUUUUGCCUAUCUGCCCAUAGAUCUGACAUCAGUGGGCCAAAAGGUGGAGGUCGAGCUACUGGGAAGGAAGUAUCCCGCCAUGGUUAUCCAGGAGCCACUGGUCCUGACAGAGCCCACACGGACCAGAUUGCAGAAAAAGGCCAAGAGCAAAGCAAAACCAGUAUAAAGUCAGUUAAUGUAGACUGGAAUAUUUUAUUGUGGUCCAUAUUUUGAAGGGAUUAUCUUAAACCAUCAUGUCUUAAAAGAUUUAAUUCAUCAAAGGAUUCAUCUUUGUAUGUUUGUGGACAGAUGUUGUAAUUUUAAUAAUGACACAAAAGAACAGAUUUAUAACCAAUUGUUGCAUUGUUGUACAAACCUGUUUUAUAUGAUUUUAUUGUAAUUAUCAUUGUUUUAAAAUUAUACCUUUGCUAAAAAAAAAAGUGUACAAUAUGUAAACUUGUCAUAUAGGCUCAGUAGGCAUGUAUUGCAUGGUAAGUAUGGUAAUAUCAAAAGUCAACUUUUAUUGUAUCAAUGAGCUGAUGAUUUCAAAUUGUGAUUUUUUUUUAACAUGUUCACUUUGAUAAAUUCCUCAUUUUUGGAGGAAUUAGUGUAAAACCUGCUUUGCCUAAUUUCACACUGUACGUAGGUACACACUGACGGUAGUGUCAGGCUAUUCAGCCCAUUGACAAAUAAAAUAACAC